AUGGGUGAUGACACCAACCACUGCACCUCCAGCCACGACUCCGUGAAGCUGACCCUCAUUGGACUCAUCUCCAACAACGAUGAGUCCUCCUACAGGAGGGAGGUGGACCGGCUGGUGUCCUGGUGCAGUGGUAACAACCUGGAGCUGAACGCCCAGAAGACAGUGGAGAUGAUUGUGGACUUCAGGAAGAGCACAGUCCCCCCGCCCCCACCCUCCGUGAUGGACUCCCCCAUCACCUCUGUGGAGUCCUUCCGUUUCCUGGGCACCACCAUCACCCAGGACCUCAAGUGGGAGCCGACCAUCAGCUUCCUCAUCAAGAAGGCCCAGCAGAGGAUGUACUUCCUGCGGCAGCUCAGGAAAGCCAAGCUGCCUGCACAGAUGUUGGUGCAGUUCUACACGGCCAUCAUCGAGUCCAUCCUCACCUCCUCCAUCACCGUGUGGUUCGCUGGAGCCACAGCGAGUCUUCUCAUCCUUUACCUUGAGCGCAGUAUCAGUCCUCGGGCUCGGUCCCUGGAGAAGUGGGUGCCUGGUUAUCUGGAGCCGCACAGAUGA